AUGGACAAAUCAGCAAAUUCAACCGUUGCAAAUGCGUCCCUGACACAGAAUACCACUGCGACGACAAUUUUACCGUCUGCACAUUUUCCAACACCAAGCCCUCGCUCACCCUCCAACUCAUCAGACCAUACUGGAACAACGUCUUCAUAUGAUUUUUUAUAUGAGCUUGUGCAAAAACGUAUAACGACUUUUUCAUAUUUGAAACGAGUUCAUGAAGGAAGGAUACAUUGGUUUAACACCGUAUGUUUAAGCAAAGAAGAUCUGGGAAUGAUGUACGAAAAUGUCAGAAUGAAGAAACGCACAGGAAACUUUUUUAUUCUCGGUUGUUCAUUGGCAUCAAUACUUGAUAUAAGUAACCCACAAGACUACGUCAAAGCCUUGAACGUGAUGCUACAAGAAUUUGAAUAUCAUACCAAUGAUCACUCGAAACAAAAAAUGAAAAUAUUUUUUAGGAAAUCAAAGAUAACAAAACAUGAUGAUUCAUCAUUUCAAGAAAGUGGAGAAUACACAUACCUUUUUGUGCCAAAUAUACCUUUCGAUUUGGAUUAUUUUCAGACAUUCUAUACAUUGUGUGACAUGCUUGUCGAAGUAUACAACAAAUUACUGAUAGGGACGUCCAAUAUGGUGGCGGCCAAUUUUAUAGAAAGUGUGCUAAAAGCUGAUGGAAAAUUUAAG